UGGUUCCCGAGCUCUGCUGCGCCGGGAGCUUCUUGGACGGGAAACAAUGGGGCGGAGGGCACUGCGGUAGCCGCCCCGCCGCGCCGGGACCCCCCGCUCCGCGCCCCGUCGCCAGCGCCGCCGACCGGACCGUCCUGAGAUGACUACUCAGCUCUGGUGUGUGAUGGUGCUGGGGAUUGAACCUGGGAGCCCAAAGACUCAGGACAUGUAUUCCUCUGAGAAACCUUGGACUACAGAGCUUGGUUUACAGUCUGAUUGGGACAGCAUACAUAGACAUUUCCAGUCAUGACACACCCAAUGAUUUGGUGGGAUAAGACUGGACAGCUGUUGGGACACCCUCCACCAAACCAAACAACCAACCAACCAACAACAACAACACACACACACACACAAUUGAUAAGAAUUCAUAGGAGGGAAAAAAAUUAAAAAAAAAAAAAUCCCCAGAACUCUCAAGAUUUUGUGAGAAUGAGGCAGGGCUAUGGAGUAGCAGCAGCUGUGUUUCUCUCCUCUCCUGGGUCAACUAGGAAUACCAAAGGAGACCACCUGGGACCACAACAUGGCAGAACUAGAAUGGCUUCAGGAACCCACCAAACCACUGAUUCGGACCAAGAUGUAGCAAUCAAACUUGCCCAGGAGAGAGCUGAAAUUGUCGCUAAAUAUGACAGAGGACGAGAAGGUGCAGAGAUUGAACCUUGGGAAGAUGCUGACUACCUUGUUUACAAAGUCACAGACAGAUUUGGCUUUUUACAUGAGGAGGAGCUGCCCCAUCACAAUGCAACAGUGGAGCGGCAAAAGCAACUGGAGAUUGAAAGAACUGCUAAAUGGUUGAAAAUGCUAAAAGGAUGGGAAAAGUACAAGAACACAGAAAAGUUUCAUAGGAGAAUUUACAAAGGAAUCCCACUCCAACUCAGAGGUGAAGUCUGGGCUCUGCUUCUGGAGAUCCCUAAAAUGAAAGAAGAGACCAGGGACCUGUAUAAUAAACUGAAACACAGAGCCCGGGGCUGUUCACCUGACAUCAGACAAAUCGACCUUGAUGUCAACCGCACAUUUAGGGACCACAUUAUGUUUAGAGACAGAUAUGGCGUUAAGCAACAAUCUCUGUUCCAUGUUCUUGCUGCAUAUUCUAUUUAUAACACGGAAGUUGGAUACUGCCAGGGGAUGAGCCAGAUCACAGCCUUACUUCUCAUGUACAUGAACGAAGAAGAUGCCUUCUGGGCCUUGGUCAAACUCUUCUCAGGCCCCAAACAUGCUAUGCACGGCUUCUUUGUCCAUGGUUUUCCUAAACUCUUGAGGUUUCAAGAACAUCAUGAAAAAAUACUGAAUAAAUUUCUGUCCAAGCUUAAGCAGCACUUGGAUUCUCAAGAAAUCUACACAAGUUUUUACACAAUGAAAUGGUUUUUUCAAUGUUUCCUCGAUCGAACUCCCUUUACACUAAACCUCAGAAUAUGGGAUAUCUACAUCUUUGAAGGAGAGCGAGUUCUCACUGCUAUGUCUUACACAAUCUUAAAAUUACACAAAAAACAUCUAAUGAGAUUGUCUAUGGAAGAGCUUGUAGAGUUUCUUCAGGAGACCUUGGCAAAGGACUUUUUCUUUGAAGAUGACUUUGUAAUAGAGCAACUGCAGAUUUCUAUGACAGAACUAAAGCGGGCGAAAUUAGACCUUCCAGAACCUGGAAAAGAGGAUGAAUUUCCUAAGAAACCUCUUGGACAACUUCCUCCUGAGUCUCAGUGGGCUGCCAUCAGUCACCUGAGCAACGGACAGCGAAGUGUGGGUAAGCAAAGUCCCCACAUCAGUAGCAGAAGAGAGAGUGGCUCAUCACCUCACAAGAAGCAGGAGACUUCCCCUCACCACCCCAGCAGACUUGGUACCCCUGAAAGAGCAAGGCAGUCUAGACAAAAGUCGGAUGAGGAGAACAAGAUGCUGAAAGAAGAGGCAGAUAGUCCAAGAAAACUCACUUCUGGCCCUCAGGACAGUGCCAUGCAAUACAACCAUGCAGCUGCUAACCAGAACAGUAAUGCCACCUCCAAUGUCAAGAAGGAAUUUGUGCCCAAAUGGAACAAACCAUCUGAUGUGUCAGCUUCUGAGAAAAAAGCCAAAUACCCUGCCGAAGGCAAAACUAGAUUGACACACCCUCCACUGGCAGUCACCAUCUCUAACGCCAGUGAUGCUCGACUGGCCAAUGGGAGGCAGAAGAUCAUCUGGGAUGCUGACGAGGGGAAGCGGGGCUCCAAUGCCUCCCAGUACGACAAUGUGCCUGAACAGGAGAAUGGGGCUUCUGUGGAGGAGGUGCUCGAAAGGGCAUACUCUCAGAGCCCAAGGAAUCUUGUUUACCCUCAUAGUCCCCGAAGGCCCAUGGAACCAAGUUCAAGUCCAUCCAGAGCACCCACCAAGUUUACAUUCAAAGGACAGCCCUCUAGCUACUCUCGAUACCCUUAUCAGCUUGAGGGUGAGGAUCAUGGGGUAGCACACCCUCCUUCCUACAGCAAUCCUCCCACUUACCUCAGCAGCUCUCCCAAACACCUCCCGAUGCCCAACAGCAGCUUUGUGUCCCCACAUUUUAGCCAGGGGACACAAGUGCAUCCUUCUCGGAGACCUCCUGGGUCCACUUCCUCCAUUGAUGUUUCUCCCAAGAAAUCUUACAACCGCCCAGCCCCCCUGGUGCUCCCGUCUAAUCGAAUAGAAGUUCUUCCUGUAGACACUGGUGCUGGGGGCUAUUCCAGCAGAGCAGGGUCACCAAAGAAUGGGAGACUGCUCAUCCCACCAGUGGACUAUCUGCCGGACAGCCGCAAGUGGUCAGAAGUGAGUUACACAUACAGACCCGAGAUGCACGGGCAAGCGGAUACACCCAGCGGCCACCUCAGCAAUUUACCAAAAUACCCAGCCUUCCAACACGGGCCCUACCAGGACCACGACCUGCCCACAGUGUCUGUGGACAGUCCAGUGCGAUAUAGAACUUCACCUGCUCGAGCAGAUGGUGGGCCCUCUGGGUUCCAGUAUGCAGGACCCUCACCGCCAUCCUAUCACUACAGAAACCGGGAUGGACUCCCUGUCCAAGAGUCAGUGUUGCUGUGAGGCUGCACCUCUGCUUGCUGCAGACAAGCAAACGGACACCCCCUGAGACCGACAUGCUAUGUUUAUAAAUUGCCAAAGCAGUAUUUUAUAAUAUUGUCCAAAACUCGCACAAUUCUGAUGUAUUCUAGUAAUAAGAAUCUCUAAGCGUUUCCACCCCCAUGUAGAUGCUGCUUUAUGAUGAGCAUUUUAAAUUGCAUCAUCAGGGACCCCCGUGAAAAAGGAAUGAAUGUGGAGACUUAGCAAUAGCAGUUAAGGACGCACAAAGUAGUAACUCAGUAUGCAGAUCUAGUCCUCAUCUCUUUCCCCAAAACCCAGUUUUGCUCUUUUCAUCCAUUAAAUUUUGAGUGAUGUUACAAAGCACUGAAAAUCUAUCAAAUGAGAUUUUUGAAACAGUAUGUAAUCUGUCUUUUCAUAGCUAUGAUAGGCAGUUACGCAUAUACAUUUGAACACAGAACUGAAGAAAUGUCUUAAAAAUAACUUUUAAUCUAGAUUCAUGGAAUAAUUUAUUCUCUUUUUUUAACUUGUCUCUCAGUUGAUUCCCCCCCCCAUGUUUUUUUGUCUAGACCUUAAGCUGACGUACGUUUGCCCUACUGAAUUAAUUCAGUAUCUCAUAGAAUGCUCAUCAUUAUUCAAAUGCUGCAUUUUCUUCCAGUCUAGACCAUUAAAGACAUUGGAGAAAAGGCCAACCACUUAAUGGUGCUUAAAAAACCAGGGCAGUUAAAGUAAUUUGUGUCCACGGGCAGCCUCCACGUGCUCCUCACUGUAUGUGCGCACUGAGCUCGGUUUGGCUGCACCAGGACCCACUGCUCUGGUCUGACUUCUGCAAAGCUCGGAGCAUAAUGUUUCCCUCACAGGAAAUGCUGCAACUCAACUCCCUGUGGGCUCUGGGGACUCACAAUCCAGUGCUCAGGGGCAGCAGGAUGCUCCCAUAGAAACUCACUUGAAUGCAGCAUUAACAGUAUGGUUCUUUCUUCUACCCUCCAGACCUCCCCCCAUGACCAGAUAGUUAAUCAUUCACAUGACCAUUUUUCUGGCACUUUCUUUACAGAAUGUAGUCACUGGGUUUUGCUGCACUCAGGCCAUUAACUUACCCUGGUGUGAAACUGUAAAAACUAAUCCUGUUUAUUAAGAGGAACCUAUGGCUUGGUUUUAAAAAUAAAUAGUGUGACACUGACACUCAUAGAUAUUUUUUUCUUUUUCAAUGAAAAAAAAAUCAGGUUCAGGGUAGGAAAUUAACACCACCUUUAAAAAUGUCCCAUUAACACUACAGUUACUAAAAACAUUGACAAAGUGUGGGGCACUCCAAGAAAGUAUCCUCUGUGUUUAAUUGGAGAAUUUAUUUUUAAAAUGACUUUACUCACAUUUGAGUAUCAGAGCUGCAAAAGCUGAAACUGAUGGAUCUUGUCACAAGUUGGGGCUUUAAGCUUUCAAGGUACAGAAGUAUGUCUAAAAAAAGCAAAUAACAUUUGUUUAGCUAGUGAAUGUGACAAUAUUGUAUGUAUAUAAUGAGUCUAAUGUAAUUUUAAUCAACUUGGUAAUGAUGUUAUUAAAUGGCAAAACAGAUGCAGUGUAUUAGCAGCUAAGCACUACACUGGAGCUCCAGUGAACCGCUGGUUCUUGAUUCAGAUCAUGUGGAAGCUUAGUAAUAAGUGUGUAUAGAGAUGUAGCUAGGGAUAGUAAUUCCAGUUUCUAAACCAUGAUUCUGUGACUUGUGAGAAACCAAGCUGUACGAUUUAGUGUAUGAUAGCAGCACCUGAGCUGCUCCAAAAUACAGACAUAUAUAUAUCUCUCAACAGUGGGAAAUACUGUAGAUUUAUAUAUAGAUAUAUAGAUAUAUAUAUGCGAAAUAUAUAUACACACUAUUUUCUUAUGUCAUCUCUGACAUUUUUAUCUGUAUACAAUUUUGAUGUGAUUGUUUUUAACAUGUUAAAAGGCAUAAGUAUGUUUUGUUUUUGUCUGUGCUUCUUUCUUGUGGCAAAAGUGUCAUAACUCUGAGGCUGUCUCCUAGUGCUUGCUUACGCGGCUUUGUAUGUCUCACUCUUCUGUGUUAGCUGCUUGGUUAAUUUCCAGUGGCUCUAUGUGUAGACCACCGUCUUCUCUUUACUUUAUUUGCCAUUAUCAAUAGCAAUAAGAUGCUUCCCACCUUCUCCUUUUUAGAAUGUAGUGAUCUGUGUUAGUGUUUCAAGUAGCAAAGUUUAAUUUGAAGUUAUUUUACUCUUUCAGGUUUAUCUUUUAAUAAAAGGUAAAUGAUGGAAUAAUGAUAAAA